UAUCGGCAAUUCCCCGUCCCGAACCGUCGUCGUGUACCAGCUUCGCCGCCAGCGAGCUAGGGCUUCCCACUCCGAGGAUCCCCCGGCCAUGGCAUCCCACGACGACGACCAGGACCUCGUGGUCUACGGGACGCCGAUCGAGCGGGAGGAGGACAUCUCCGCCCGCAAGCGCCGCGCCGUCGCCGACGCAGGCCAGCUCCGGGCCCUCCCCGCCUGGAAGCAGGAGGUCAGGGAUGAGGAAGGGCGGAGAAGAUUUCAUGGUGCAUUUACUGGAGGCUUCUCUGCUGGCUUUUACAAUACUGCUGGCUCAAAAGAGGGAUGGACGCCACAGACAUUCACAUCUUCACGAAAAAGUAGAGCUGAGCAUAAAAAACAAAGCAUAUAUAAUUUUCUUGAUGAGGAAGAUAUCAAGGAUAUGGGAGGUAAUGCCUUGGAAACAUCUCAACAGUAUGAUACAUUCGGUUUUACAGCUGCAGAGCAUGCCAGAAAACAAGCAUCCAAGGAACAAAAUGAGAGACCAUCAGCUAUUCCUGGACCUGUUCCUGAUGAAUUGGUGGUCCCCGCCACAACCUCGAUUGGCGUGAAGUUACUGAUGAAAAUGGGCUGGCGCCAAGGUCGUACCAUCAAGGAUGCACAUGCUGACUCCUUAUAUGAGUCACGUAGGGAAGCUAGAAAAGCGUUUCUUGCACUCUCUGGUGUCAGUAACGAUGAGGACCAAGAUCAAAUUGCUUCUCAGAAAUCUAGAGUGGAUGAAAAUGUCGCAGAAUCAUUUGAGAAAAUAAGCGCUUCAGGAAAUACCCCAGUGUAUGUACUUCAUCCAAAGGAAGAUCUGCAUGGUUUAGGUUUUGACCCAUUCAAACAUGCGCCUGAGUUUAAAGAUAGGAAAAGAUCACACAAAUCAAUGAACAGGGACCGAAACCGAAGUGAUGUUUCCGUGAGGGGAAGUCUCCUGAUUUCAAACUCAGGACAAUAUGCUCCUGGCUUUGGAAUUGGAGCACUUGAAGAGCUUGGUGUUGAAGAUGAGGAUAUUUAUGCAUCAGGUUUCAAUUAUGAACAAACAGAAGUUGAUAUCGAGCCUUCAAAAACAUCUGGUGACAGUAAGUUUAAACUUGAAGACAAGAAGAGAGGUUUCUUCCUGAGCUUUAAAAUCGCCUCAAAUUCCGAGUACAAACUCGAAAGAUUUCAUCCUCCUGAGAUCCCAGCUGAUUUUGAUGGUCGCCAUAAGUUCUCAAGUCCAAUUCAGACAGCUGAUAAGUUCUCUGAUCUAGCUCCUCCCGAGGUUCCUCCUCCAGAAGACACUACCUUGAGAUUAUUGAUUGAGGGCUGUGCUGCUAUGGUUGCUCGUUGCGGGAAACAUGUAGAGGAUUUCUACAAAGAGAAAAGUAAAGCAAGUCCACAGUUUCUUUUCCUCGACGGAGGAGAUGGAUGUAGCUACUACACAAGGAAGUUAUGGGAGCAUCAGCAGAAGUUUAUUGACCGGCAAAGACCUGAUGCUGUUAAGUCGAAGCCUUCUUCUGACAAGUUGACAGCUGAGAAUCGUGGAACUAUUCUUGGUGAAAAGCCUCUCGAUAGAAGCUCCAAAUCAUCUAGCUCAUUUGUUUCUGCAAAAGAAGCUGUUCAACUACAAUCAAAUCUUGGUGACACCUUUGUGAAGCCAAUAUCUCUUGAUGGUGUGCCAGAGUCAAAGAAGCCUUUUAGAAAUGAGCCAGCAAAGCAGGCAAGAUUUGAGCAGUUUCUAAAGGAGAAAUAUCAGGGUGGUCUUCGUAUUGCAAGUCUUGCUCCUACAAUUACAAUGUCGGAGGCUGAUCGUGCUCGUGAAAGACUAGAUUUUGAGGCUGCUGCAGAUGCAAUUGAAAAAGCAAAAGAAUAUAAGGCUAUAGAUCCUUUGUCAAUAUUGGGUUUACCUGGAUUGAAUGAGCAACGCUUUGUUUCAUCCACUCAAUUAGAGAGCUCUGCGGUACUCCAAGAUGAGAGGCCCAUGUAUCCACAGAGGGAGGAGUUUGAAUGGCGGCCUUCACCAAUACUGUGCAAGCGUUUUGAUAUUGUUGACCCUUUCAUGGGAAAGCCAAUGCCUCUUCGAAGACCAAUAAGCAAGAUGGACACCCUUAUGUUUAUGACCGAGUCCACUAAAAAGAUAAAUGAAGAUGUAAGGGGCUCAAGUACGAUUCCACCAAAUGCUGCUGUGUCAGGAACAGAAGAGACAGAGGCACAGGAAACUGCAAAUAACCCUGAUAUUGUGGCAAGCAGUAUGCAGAGGCCUGUUGAUCUUUACAAGGCAAUCUUUUCUGAUGAUUCAGACGAUGAUAUGGACGAACCUCUUAACAAUCAACAAAUGGAUCCGGUGAAGACGAGUGAAGGUGCCAACAUGGCUCUUAAUCGUCUUGUUGCUGAGGAUUUCCUGGAAUCUUUGGGUAAAGAACUGGGAUUGGAGGUUCCUCCAGAGAAACCGGCCCAGCCACCGAAUGUCUUGUUUAGAUCAGAAAUCCUUCCAACGGCUGAUGCAAGUGUAUCUAGGAAUGGCCAGACAUCUACUUUUAGGGAGGAGAACGAGGGUUCUUUGGGUUUGAUGGAAGCUGCCAAUGGUAAUGGGGACGGUCCUUCAUCCAAUGUCGAAAAGCUUGAUUUGAAAUAUGAGCAUAAUGCUGACAUAGGCCGGUCACACUCUUCACAUCGUCAGAUUCGGAACGGUAGUCCAGAGUCUGAUACUUCUAUUGAACGGCAUAGGAGUAGGAAAAGAAGAUCCCAUCAUCGAAAUCGGAGUCCAACACCAGAUUCUGGUUCUUCUGAUGAACGACGUAGUAGUAAGAAAAGAAAGUCACAUUCAAGACAUAGAGCAGGCAGGAGUAGAACUCCUGAUGCCGAUUUGUCCUCUGACAGCCAAAGGAAUAAGAGAAAACGUCGGGAGAAAAGGAGUCAUCGGACCCGCAUGUCUGACAGUGAUUCUAGUGAUCAUGAAUACAAGGAAAAAUAUACAUCUAGUAGUAGAAGAUCAUCUGAUAAAGACAGAAGUAGAAAGCAUUCUAAACACCGCAGGCACAGAAGAAAAGACUCUGCAUAAUGUUCUUGAAUACAGCUACAGGAAUAUAUGGCUGCAAAUGAAAGAAUUCACACUAGCUUCUCCAGAUCAUCCAAGUUGGUGAAAAUGUUGGGCCCGAUACUGAAGUGGAUGUUUAUAUCACAAAUUGAUACCGUGUUAUCCAGUCAUCCAAAACUACUUGAUGAGCCUGGGAGCUUCUUGCGUGGUAGUUACUGAGAUUCGGGUUGUGCGUGCGGCCUACCUUUGUAUGUGGAGUUUCUGUUGCCAUGGUGCCUCUACCCCCUGUUGUGUUGUCUAUGCCAUGCCAUAAAUUCGUUCCGUUCCGGAAGACUUGUCUCUGAAGACCCUUGUACAACUCAAAGUACCAGACGUGAACAGGUGUAAAUAGAAGAGAAUUGGGUUGUCAUUGACAUAGUAUUUAGAUUUUCAUUUUCGGUGUUGUUGUUUUCUGUUACAAGUACUGUUUCUGUCAUGCCAACACAAUGUAUAUCAGUCUAGGACAAGAAAGGUUCGUUCUCUGU